AGCGAUGCUUAUAAAACUAUCAGUUUGACUGAAGAUAUGAAAGGAUUGUUGAAUAUUCAACCUGUACAUGUACAAUUAAAACACUUUGUUUCACAUGAAAAGAAACCAAGUAGAGUUCAGUCAGCACGUGAAUAUUCAAGAAGGAGUAUACACGAUAAAUAUGAUUCUAGUACAAAUUUGGCGAAUACAAUGAAUCAUAGUACUGAUGAUACCGAGGUGAUAGAUGAAACAAAUACCGCCGUCAAGGUACAAAGUGCAAGAACUCUAGCAGAUAUACACGUUCCACAAGUGGAACACCUAUUGGAGACAAAUGAAGACGUAGAAUAG